CAGACCAUCUAAGUCAUUGCAGCAACUCGAAACGCAUCCGCAUCAACACCUCUUCCGAAAUGGCUCUGGGCAGCGAGAAUCAGUCCUUCUUCUACGACGACGAGGAGUCCUCCUCCUCCACCCCGGUCAGCGGGCCCUCGGUCAUCCGGCGGAACGCCCGGGAGCGCAACCGGGUCAAGCAGGUCAACAACGGCUUCAGCCAACUGCGACAGCACAUCCCCGUGGCCGUGAUUGCCGACCUGAGCAAUGGUCGCCGGGGAAUCGGUCCCGGGGCCAACAAAAAACUCAGCAAAGUCAGCACUCUGAAAAUGGCCGUGGAGUACAUUCGCCGCCUGCAGAGGGUCAUCGAUGAGAAUGACCAGCAGAAGCAGCAGCAGCAGCAGCAACAGUUGCAGUUGCAGCAGCAACAUCUGCACUUCCAGCAGCAGCAGCAGCAGCAGCACCAGGAGCAGCAGCAGCAGCAGCAGCAGCAGCACUUCUACGCCUGGCAGCAGCAGUUGCAGCUGCAGUCGCCCACCGGCAGCGUGAGCUCCUGCCACAGCAACAGCAGCAACAGCAGCAACAGCUCCUACUACGCACCAGCAACACCAGCGAUCCCGGCAGCAACACCCUCCUCGCACAUCGUCACCAAGCUGGAGAACAGCUACGAAGACUACCGCAACAACUCCUGCAGCUCGGGGGCCGAGGACGAGGACAUCCUCGACUACAUAUCCCUCUGGCAGGACGAUCUGUAGGGAUCUGGAUCCGAGAUCCCUGCGAAAAUCCCCUGCAAUCGCUAGUCGCCCUCAACCAUCACACACACAACGAACCAUUGAUUGGCCAACAAGUAUUACCUCAGCCACAAAGUAUUUAUAUUGCCCAAAACGAUUUUUUUUUCACCUGUACAAAUUAGCAUUAGGUUUUUAUGUAGUUUAUAGCACUAGCUUGUAGAUGGAAGACAAUGUACACUUAAGAAUCUCUUUUUUUUAACCAAC